AUGCGCGAUGGAAAAUUCAUGAACGCAGUUAGUAGUGAAUUUCGAUUAAUUGCCAAUGUCCCAAUGGAAGAACGGGAGGGAUGUUCUGCGGACGAUUACGAGGGGUUGGAGCAAGUCGUGUCAACAUCGAAGAAUGAUGAAGGUUACGACAUUAGAUGCUUCAAGGAAACCCAGUUGAUAUUGGAAAAACCUGCAACUGGAGCAAAGAAAAUCCUAGCCAAACUAUACAUAUCCAUCGAUCCGCACGUAUCACUCAUACUCAAUAUACUGGAGAUAGGAUGGAUACAGCAUAUGAUAGAGUUGGGGAAUACACGAUGGACGAAUAGCAAGACCUCAACAGGACGCGUAACUUCUCACCCGGAUUCGUACAGUACACAGGUCAGCCAAACAAGACGCAGCCAAAGCGCUGUGUUCAAGCAUGCUGAAACUGAUAUCAUCGCCCAGAUCGAACAGAGGGUCGCUCUUGUGGCUGGAGUUGGUGUAGAACACCUGGAACAACUGGUUAUGGUCAAAUACUCUCCAGGGGACUAUUUCAAGGAGCACCAUGACGGCCCGUUCAGAUCUCAUACCGUUUUGCUAUAUCUCAAUGACGUUGAAGGUGGAGAAACGGUAUUCCCAAAUCUCCAUUUUGCAGUUAAACCCAUAGGUAACAGUGCACUAUACUGGAGGAAUACAACCGACGAUGGGCUCGCAGACUUCCGCAUGGUGCACGCUGGAGUGUGCCCGAAAAUGGGAAUGAAGUACGUUGUAAACUGCUUUUUCAACGUAGAACCCGUACGCACUCAAUAG